AUGAAGCUGUUCAACAAACUCCGCCAUCUUGUUCGUCGCUCAAGCGGCUCGUCGCACCACUCGGACACUUAUUCCGAUGCUUCCGACACCGACUCAUGCUCAUCAUCAACUGCAAGCACUACUGGCGUUUACACAGUGGUGAGUGAGAUUAGAAACCCGUCAUUGCGUCUUCGUGUUCUGCAAAAAGUUCGCGAUGAAUGGCUGCCGAGAACGUUGGUGCUUCGAUUCGACACCAAUGGUGAAUGCCACAUCUACAUCAUUGCGCAUUGCCAAUAUUCCUAUUACGAGGUCUACAACGCGUCAACCAACUUCAUUCGCGCCAUUUAUGAUGCCAAUGACAAAUAUUGCACACUCGUCCUCCAGGAAGCCAUUCUUCGAUUCAAAAUGGAGAGCAAAUUGCAAAAGCUCAAAUUGGUCGCGUAUAUUUCGGAAAAUUUGGACGUCAAGGGUUGGCAAAUGGACGGCGUUUUGACGUACGCGCCCGACGGGAAAUAUCACAAAAAGAACACCAAAGUGAUAUUAAUAGUGAGGGGCAGCAUGCUUCUGAUCAUCGAUCGCGCCUCGCUGGAGAUCAUUCGCCGAGAGUCUCUACCCCAUAUUGGUGUGAUGUCAUGCGAUUUUCAAACAUCGCUACUUUAUUACACCAAUCUUCGCCAAACCGAAAUCCCGAUCAACAACCAGAAUUACGUGGCCGUCUCGAUUCCCAACAUUCAUCUGUUUUGGGAGUUUAUGACGAAUCAUCGACUUCAACAUUGUCAACGAUUCAAGUUUCUUCGAGCCUAG